CUGGGUGUCUGAAUGCAGCUUAAGCUUUAGGUAAGUGACACUGUGAUAGUAACAAGAGUCUCCGUACAAUAUGUAUUCCAAGCGUCGCCUCACUCUUGUUUACUUUCUAACCAUCACCUUCCGUGUCCAAAGUUUUCGCAGCAACGACUAGUCACUCUUUUUGUUCUCAGAUAUCCAGCCCGUCAACCCUCACGUUCUCUACUUGUUUUCUAGGCUGACCGGGUGUCUAAGCCAUGAGGCUCCUUGCUCAGUUGUCGGUGUUACUGCCAUUAGCGCUAUCAUGGUGCUCGGUGUCAGCCAGCAAUGCUCACCAAGUCCACCGACGCCAUGUAAAGCGCCUGGAUUCGGACCUCACAGUUCGGGCGUCAGGAGAUGUUGAUAUGUACAAACGCGACUACCCCAAUUCCCGUUUCACUUACUAUGCGGACGGUCUUGGUGCUUGUGGUUCAACAAACCAACCUGGCGACUAUAUAGUUGCGCUGAAUUCAGCGCAAUACCAAGGUGGUCAAAAUUGCUACCAAACGAUCACAAUUACUAUCGGCGGACUGACAACUCAGGCUCAGAUUGUUGACGAGUGUCCUGGAUGCCCCUUCGGUGGCCUUGAUUUUUCCGAAGGCCUUUUCCAGUUCUUCGCUCCGCUUUCUAGCGGUGUGCUCUAUGGUACAUGGUCCUUCGGUAGCGCCCCUGCUCCGGCACCGGCACCGUCGCCUACAUCCACCUAUCAAGCACCCAUAUUGCCAACCAUUGUCUGGCAGUCGCCAACGCCAACUACAACCUGGACCCCGCCUCCACCUUCGACAACCCCGAGUCCCAGCCCUACACCGUCCUCGACGUCGGCGACAAUCACAAGCUCAUCCAGCUCCAGUUUCUCAACCUCAACCACUUCUAGUUCUUCGUCCUCUUCGGCGUCGAGCAGUGCCUCAAGCACAACAACUGCUAAUUCUGUAGUGGAGAGUGCUGGGGUUGUUCCUGCGUCAACCGGAAACGCCGUUCUCAUGAACCUCAACCUGGCAAUGGUGUACCUUGGCGAAUUUCUUGGUGUCGCUCAGACGUAAUAUUGUCUGUUUCAGAUUCGUAGAGUCUGCUGCGGAUUCUAUGACAAAAGUACGGCAACAUGCUAUAUCUACUUUGUGGACAUUUCUCGAGCUCGUUAAAGUUCAAUGGACUUAUUCUUCAGCUAGCAGCUGCUAUACCCACAUAAUACCGUACAUCACAUUGCCUGUCCCAAUUUUCGGGGGGCAGUUGACUAGUCGAUGAUACUGUUAACCAAUCACUGCGUUGCAAUUGAAUGCUGG